AGGGGGAGGAGGAAGAGGAGGAGCAGGAAGCAGGCGAACGCUCGCUCUGUUUAGACAGCAGGAGGACGCGGCGGUGGCGGCUCGACAACACAACGCAACGCAACGCAACGCAACGCAACACAACGCAAUGGACUGCUACCCAGCGGAUAUGGAAGCUCAUGUUCUCCAGACAUGCUGCCACCCUCAUCUCCAUUAACCAGCUGUUCACUGGGGCACAUUUGAAUUCUCAAACAUGAUGAAGACAGAACCUGCGUCAGCCACGGCGGACAACGGGGCCUCCGCCGGGAACAGCGGGGGAAGUGGGAGCGCCAACAUGCGCAGCGCUUCGCCACACCGAAAUGCCUACGAGGCAGGUCUGGCGGCACUGAAGAAAGCCACUGAUCACCUUAACGGAGGCUACGACCCCGCCUCAAAGCCAGCACCCCUACCCAGGCCAAAUGGGAGGGGUCGUAGAUAUGGCUCAAACGUUCACCGCAUCAAGAAUAUGUUCAUGCAGAUGCAGUCACCAGGAGAUGAGGAGGAUGGAGCCAAAGUGAUUGGCGAACAAGCUCCAGAGUUAGCCACCCUCUCAUUGGCAGGAAACGACCAGGCAGUCAAACUGUCCCUUCCGAGGGCGUCGAGCCUCAACGAGAACGUCGACCACAGCGCCCUGCUCAAACUAGGGGGCACAGUUUCAGAGAGGGUGAAUCGUUUCGACACCAAAACAGAUGGAGAAGGUCCGAGCUCCUCUGGCUUGUCCAAGCUCCAGGAAACCAGGAAGAUGUUUGAACAACGGACGCUACAGGCUGCUACCAACAGGAUUUUACUGAAGAAGGAGCGAGCUUCCGGUUUCCAGGACAGCCGCCUGGAUGUGGUGGCACGCUUUAAUGGCUCUACCGAGGCUUUGGAUCGCUUGGAUGACCCCCCUAGUCCCCCUCCCGCUCCUGCUCCCGUUCCUGCCGCCGCAGCUGCUUUGGGGCCCGCCGAGGCCGUCAGCCCCACUGUGAGCCAGCUCAGUGCUGUGUUUGAGAAGGCUGAUCUACAAAACAAUCUCUACCUCCCCAACCGUCGGUCAAGACCUGCCCCGGGACCAAAGCCAAAACUGCCAGCCAAAGCAGGGCCUGCUCGGUGCCAGAUGAAAGGGCCUCCUCCAAGUAAGGAGGACUUAGAGGAGGUAACAGCAGGAACUGCCCACAACCAGGCGCCGGAGGUCGAAGUGACGGAUCCACGCCCACAGUGCGACAUCGGCGGAGCGGUGGUCAGCGAGGAGGAAAGAUCUAGACAUUCAGGAGAUCAGCACUCUGAUAUCACUUUACCUUCCUACUCAGAGGCCAAAACAGAGUCAGAAUCCCAUCUUGGAUUGACAGAAGACAGGGGCUCGAGUACCGUGGCGGUGGCCGCAUCCUUUCAGGAGCCACAAACUGUGGAACAGCAUUGUUGUAGGGGGGAUAUUGAGGCUGGAGCCAGGUUGGUUCAAGCUGAUGUCCAUGCUUCACUUGAAAAUGGGGAAAAAGAGCCACCAGCUUUUGAAGUUACUGAGGCAGACUCUGAGAGAAGGGGCGAUGAAGAGGAGAACGACGAGGAUGGCUCGAGGAAGGAGGAUUACUCCGAGGGGGAUCUGGUGGAUGUGAGUGCAUACAGCGGCCUUGACGAGGAUGACUCUGAGGGGAGCCAGCUGGACGAUGAUGAUGAUGAGGAAGACAAGGAAGCAUACCAGCCAGAAAGCAGCUGCACAGAAAUUGAGGGUCUUCCUGAGGAGGAGGAGCCCGCACCUGCCAAUAGAAAGAUUCGAUUCAGCACUGAGCCCAUCAAGGUGUUCACCACCUACUGUAAUGAAGACUACGAUCGACGUAACGAUGAUGUGGACCCCAUGGCAGCGUCGGCCGAGUACGAGCUGGAGAAGAGAGUGGAGAAGCUGGAUCUAUUUCCCGUCGAGCUGGAGAAAGACAGUGACGGUCUGGGAAUCAGUAUCAUAGGAAUGGGUGCAGGAGCUGAUAUGGGUCUGGAGAAACUGGGCAUCUUCGUGAAGACGGUCACUGAGGGCGGAGCUGCUCAGCGAGAUGGCAGGAUCCAAGUGAACGAUCUGAUCGUUGAGGUCGACGGCACCAGCCUGGUUGGUGUGACUCAGAGCUUUGCCGCCUCUGUCCUACGCAACACAUCGGGCACCGUCAAGUUUGUGAUUGGUCGGGAGAAGCCGGGGGAGCAGAGCGAAGUGGCUCAGCUGAUCCAGCAAACUCUGGAACAGGAGAGAUGGCAACGGGAGAUGAUGGAGCAGCGAUACAAGCAAUACAUGGACGAUGAUGAGGAGGAGACAGGUGAAUAUGCGACGGAUGAGGAUGAGGAGAUGAGUCCCAUGUUUCCAAACUCCAUUGAGGUUUUCGACCUGGCCGAGCACCAGGACUCGUUGUCUCCUGUGGAACUGGACCCUGAGAAGUUGACCCACAAAUUCAAGGAGCUCCAAAUCAAACAUGCAGUAACCCAAGCCGAGAUCCAGCUGCUGAAGAGGAAGUUGGCUCACGCGGAGCAGGAUAAAGUGCGUUGGCGAAUGGAGCGUGCUCAGCUGGAGCAAAGCAUCCGGGACAGUAAGGAGAGGAUGGAGAAACUGGAGGCGUACUGGAUGGAGGCCCAGUCGCUGUGUAAGGCAGUGGAUGAACACUUGAAGGAAACCCAGGCUCAAUACCAAACCUUAGAGAGGAAGUACAGCAAAGCCAAGAGAAUGAUCAAAGAAUAUCAGCAAAGGGAGAUUGAGUACCUGAAGAAGGAGGCAGCUCAGCGUCAAGCGGACGAAGACAGCGAGGCCUCACGCAAAGAGGAGGCGGAACACUUGCAGGAAAAGAUUUCAGACCUGGAGACCCAAGUGGACGCUCUGAAGCCCCCCAAGGCCUCCUAGACCGCUCGCAGCGCCGCUUCCCGUCCGUGACGGGAGGACGCGGCGCUCCGCCUUCACACUGACGGACCGUAGUUCAGUCGAUCGCCGACGGCAGCCCGAAGCGGACGGAACGUGGCAAAGUGGAACGGAGAGGUAGACGAGCAGGAUCAAAUGCGGAGGGAGAAGAGAGACCUCCGUUUUGGAAUUUACGGCCUAGCGGCAAUCCCGGAAUGCACUUUGCGUGACGCCCGCAAACGUCCUCGUGUGUCUUCCUGGCAACUGUCAAGGAAAAACGGAACUCAGAUUCCCUGUUCUUGAUUGAUUUUGUUCUCCCUGUUGUGAAAAGUGUCCUACGGGGAGGAUGUAAAGAAGCAGGCUCGUCACUAAGUGCUCUCCAGAGUGAGGAUUGCCGCUGUGCUAAUUCUCAACUACAGAAGCGGUUGCUAAACCACCUGCACUGGAACAAGACUGACUGUACGCGGACGGAGAACAAAAGGUGAUGAGAAGUGCCCCGUUGAACCCAACUGGGUUCUCAGCAACGUUGAAAGAAAACAUAAAGAAGCCUACAAGCCCACCGUUCGUACAAAACUGAAUUUGGAGUCCAUUUCUCCAUAAGCAGAGGAAGGAAUCCGGUCAACAUUUGCAUUUCGGGUAUGAAAGCGUGGUGACAUCCUGUUUUGUAAAUAUGAUCGAAAAGUAUUAACUUAAGCAACGAUUUGGGGCGGAUACUCAAAUAAAAACCACACACACCCCUGGUGAGGUUUCUCGGGACGUCGGGUAAAGGAUCGCCUCGCUGAUUCGUAACAUUCUCCCAAAAAGUGGCUGCUGGAGGAGCACCGCGGCCUUGUGCAACAACACGCAUGCUAAAUUUAGGAGCGGGCCGAUGCCGGCCCUACUUCCACUUUCUCGUGGUACUCGUGAAGGCUGCUGAUACUUCAAGCAAAAAAAUGUUAAAAAAUCUGCCGUUCGGCAAGUCCUCCUCACCGGUAGUUGGCGCUACACCGCGGCGGUUUCACACAUCGUCCAAUCAUCGUGCGCGUCAGAAAGAACAAAAGGUCGUUGUUGUUGGCAAUUAUCUGUCAUGAUGUUUUAUGUAUGAAAAGUACUAACGGUAUUGGUACUCGCUAUCGGUCGGUUCUCGAGAGCGAAUUCUCGUACUGGUAACGGUCUGACAAAAAAGUGGCAUUGAAUAUCUCGAGUUAGAUGAAGUGAACAUUCUGAACCCAAAGUCAGCUUUGCUCGGCUCCAGCUCAGCCGCGACCCUAACGAGGACGCGGCCGCCGUAUCAAAUGGAUUACGAGGACGAGCCCGCUUCAGUGCUCCCGCACACACGUCAUAUUCCGGCGCGUGUCCCACAUUUGACCACCUGUGUAUUCAGCGCAGUUUGACUUCCUUUGCCAUGCGUGACACUUGAAUUGGACUCUUUCCUAAUUUGCUUUUCCCCAAGCUGGAAAAAGCAAUGAUUUAUUAUUACCUGACGAAAAGGGCUGUGUCGACUUUGUAUGUAUCCACCGGAGGUCACGUUAGUUAGGAGGAAGGCAAGUGCAACGCUUUUACACGUUGCUGUAUUCAGUGGUCCAGUCAAGUCUGUUUCAAUUCUAGUUUUGUUCCAUAUUCAACAGGCAAACAGGGUGUGAAUAGUCUAAUAUGUGCUUCUCGAGAUUCUAACUGUGUGUACGUGUUAAUGUUUUGCGUUUUGUUUACAUGGACAUCUGUAGCCUCUUGAUUCGGGAUCACAGAUGUGUUCAUAUCUUCCAUCCAGCACACCAGGAUGGAAUCGAGUCAUUUAGGGCAAACGACUCAGUUAUUAUAUACUGUAUAAAAUCAAAUCAAGGUCAGACUGGAUCUGUAGUCUCUAGGUAUUAAUAUUCAGUAAAUACACAACCUACAGUUUAAUUCUUUAUUAAUGAUGGAUAUCUUCUCUUAACAUUCAUGUUCUAAAUUCAAUUCAAUUCAGUCAAUUGACAGCCUUUCAAUAUUUUACUCCCAUUUGUUUCUGACUUCAAAUAAUUUCUAAUAAAAACAAGCUCAGAAAUGUUUGUUAGUAUUUAUGGGGCACUAUGUAAUGUGUGCUUAUGUUUGUUAACAUUUGAGUACAGACUCAUAACGUGCCAAAUAACGUCUAUUUGGGUUUUUGGAUGGAUGGAAAGUUGCACAAUUUGCAAGUUAUUCAAAAUGUUCAUCACAUGCAAUGUUUUUGUAUACAACAGCUCUAUGUUUUGGUUAGUCGAUGACAUAACUUCAAACAAUUCUAAAAAUAGUUCAUCGUUAAUCGACAUGGAAACCGUCAAACGUUAGAUACGGUAUUUCUAAAAUUCCCCAGAUAAGUGGGUUUUUGAACAUAAAGAAAAACAAGCUCAAGAGAAAAAGAAACAAAAGAAAUGUACAGAUGUAAAUGUUCAAUGGGAGGAGGUCGAAGUAAAAAAAACCCGUUGGGUCCUGAACUUGGGAAGUUCUCGUCAAUUCAUUGAAAUCAUCCCUUUGCAAACUGACUUCUUUUGUCCUGUUUAAACAACUAAAGAACUGAAAUGUUAGUUCCAAAAUAAAUCAAAGGUAGACUCAUCCAAUGCCACUGAAUAGCGUAUGCAGUAUUCAACUAUACAUUUCAAUUGAAAGCUCAAACUGCACACGCUUGCUUGGCAUGACGUCGUUUUCAAAUGGAGCCUCCUGACAUGCAGACGUGACACAGUGACUCACAAUCACAAUCACAAUCAAGUCCGUUUUGAUAGGAUUAUUUAGGAACAGUUCCGCUAAUAUUAAGUAAGAUAGUAGUCUGGGUGGCGAAAUAUUGUCACCUUUUGGGGAAUGAGCUUCAGUUUAAACACAGGAGAAGUGUAGUGACAGUAUUACUGUAUUUUUUAAAUAAUAUAAACACUAUCCAUACCACAAGCCAGAAUUUAAAAACAAAAAAAACAACACCUGUAUGUUACUGAAUAGUUGAUCAUUGCUGUUUUAGAUUAGAACAGAGACAAUUGAAUGCUUCUUGUUUGGGUGAGCUGGAGCCUACCCCCGCUGACUUUGGGACGGAGAGAAAGAGUCAGACAACUGCGCAAAUGAAUGUACCACUUUUUUCAAUAUUUUCAAACAAAAUUCAUUUGCGGAAAGCGGGCCUUCGCUUGCGAGCAAAUGUGUGUCACGUUGGACAAAUUGGACGAUACAGCAAAUUGUUCGUGAUGACUUCCCGUUUGUUGCAAUUGCUCUCGAUUGACGACUCCGAACAUGUUUUAACGUUUGCAGUAUUGUGACUGAAAGUCUAAGCACCCUGGGUGAACUUCUGUAGCACUCGGCCUUCUUGUUUCUGGAAUUUGGAUUAUUUAGUGCUACAACAACAGCAAGUGUGAGUUGUUUACUCUCCAAUGUUCCAACAGUGCUGGGAUCAGCACUAAAUGCAUCGUGUUGUAGCUAAAUUGUCUUCCCCAGAUGGCAGAUGGCAGAUGGCUUCCCCUCGCAUCUUUUUGGGUUCAUUGUGUAUUUGUAAAGCAUGUUUAAUUGAAGCGCAGCUGGAGCCUCUUGCUCGUGCUGUGCACACACAACAAAGUAUUUCCUGUAUGGAUGCUCAGAUCCUGCACUGGUAACAUUGUUCAUCUGUUAACUGUAUGUUUUGUUGAAUUUGGACUUUAAAAAAAAAAAAAAAAAAAAAGCUUUUUGACAUGAUUUUAGGUUGUCACCCUCUUUAGCGAGGUUUACAAUUGAUUUGCCUUCUUAGCUCCUUUUGCCUUUAAUGUCUUUGCAUAGCUUUAAUGUAUGGAAAGCGGUUUGAGCAUUUAUUCCAUAUCCUGGAUCUUCACUAGUACGCUCUUUGUCCGCACUACUGAGACAAUAUAUAUAUAUAUAUUUAUAUAUAUAUAUAUGUGUGUGUGUCUGGAGCAAAAAGGACAGAAGGCCAGGCACCACUUAGAGGCUAUGUGUGCACAUGCCCGAUCGCAAGGAUAUGAAAUAAUUUAUUUGAUGGCCUUGACAUCCAGUUGAAGGUACAUGUACACGAAUAGUACAUUCAGUGCACUAGUAGAACAACUAGGGAGCAUCUCUUGUUUGUUUUUUUUCCCCCACUACUGCCUUCCAUGACUGAAUGACAUUUCUGCACGCUAGGACGACAACUUUGGCAUUCUACCGUAGUAGAACUCAAAUGUAAGGCAAAACCAAUAGUGGGCAUUUUAAUGCUACUGGUAAGGUCCAUGCCUACCUACUAGUUGGGUCUGGUAGUCAUACAAGUGCAGCACGGUGGUUUACUAGUAAUGAAGUGUUUAAUUGUGUACUAGUAGGCCAAAAGUGGCAGUAAUAGUGGAAAAAAACUUGACUAGUUAGUCGUUUUAUUAGUACCCCCUAGUCAUUCCACUAGUACGCUGAAUUGUCUGACGAGUGAGGACAAAUAAGCUGGAUAGCAAGAAUAGCAAAUAAAUGCUGAAAUAGCUUCCAUAGUAACAUACUUUCACAAGCACCCUAAGUCUACCCCGUGUCCAUAAAAAGCAAAACAAGGCGUGUUUACAGCUAAAACAAACGCUUCAAUUCCUUUUGAUUGUAGUCAGACCGAUGCCUUCCUCCAUAAACACCCAAAAACAUGAAUGCAUUCAAUGUUUACCCACCUCACAUAAAGUGGACCACAGUACCGUAUUUCACUCACUGAGUGGCUACGUAGGAGCAGGCAGAGUGUGCGAAGUGCCUUGCUUACGGGUUAAGGACCAAGAUAGUCCCGGAAGUCGAACGCCGUGGUCCAAAAGGUAUUUGCUUCGUAUUACGUGUCAAUACUCAGGGUGGAAAUGAAACUGGAAAACUUGUCCUGGCGUCACUAUUGACGUCCACAGUUGUAUUGGUCCAAUAGCGCAGAUUGCAAUAGCGCAUUAGUGAAGAUGUGUCAUUUGUUUUUUUACCCAAAUCCCCAAAUGCUUUUUUUCAGCGUAAUCAUUCCCGCGCUUGGCUUCGAACGAAGCGACGGUUUACGAGAUGUGCCGUGUAGCUUGCCGAAUGAACGCUAGUUACAAGCUGGUGCCAAACAGUGCGAGCGGGACAAUCUUUGUCUGUUGUUCAGCGGAUGUCACCGUGUUUGUCUGAACCGACACCUGUUCCGCAUUUCAAUAAACACGUUGAACCACCGUAA